CAACGUGGAAGAAUUCAGUUCGUCUGAUUUGACGUUCAUAAAGAUUUUCUUUAUUAAAAUGUUUGUUGGUCACAACUUAAACUUUUUAAAUCAGUUCAUUAGUUUGAAUCAUUGAAUGUAAAUUUCUUGAGAUUUUAACUUUGUCGUAUUUGUUUUAAUCAGAAUUUAAAGUAUUGUGACGUCAGAUUUACUAAAGUUUUAUGUAAUGUGUCAAAAUUACAACUUCAGAGUUUAACCUUUUAAUUCAUCUUAAAAUCCCGGUAAACGUUGAAACGUUUCGUCACGCGGAGCCUCCCCCCUCCCGCUGACGUCACGCGGAGUUUUUAGGAGGCUCGCGCCGCUCGGACGGUCAGAGACAGGAUGAGGAGCGCGAGGAGGCUGCGGGAGCUCGCGCUGACGGCGCCGAGGAGCCUUCAUCAUCAUCUUCAUCAUCAUCAUCAUCCUCAGAGAUCCGCGGGAGUCGUCGGAGCAGCGUUCUGCAGAGGACAGUCCAGAUCUGGAGUAGAAGAAGGUCCGGACCGGAUCCGAGCUGCAGGACUGUUGGACCGGCUGCAGCAGCGAGGCUGUGCAGUGAAGGAUUAUGGGAACCUGGUGUUCGACGACGUGGUCGAGCCGUCCGGCGGCGGCGGCCUGAGGUCUGUGGCGGCGGUGGGCGGAGCCAACCGGAGGCUGUCUGAGGCGAUGAAGGCGGUGAAGGAGGACGGACACACGGCCGUGAUGCUGGGAGGAGACCACAGUUUGGCGAUCGGUUCCAUCCACGGUCACGCUGCCGCCGUCGGCCAGCUGAGCGUCGUCUGGGUCGACGCCCACGCCGACAUCAACACGCCGCUCACCACGUACACAGGGAACUUCCACGGCCAGCCGAUGUCCUUCCUCCUCCAUGAGCUGCAGUCCAAGGUUCCGGUUUUACCAAACUUCUCCUGGGUGAAGCCUUGUGUGUCCGCCAAAGACCUCGUCUACAUCGGCCUGAGAGACGUGGACCCAGCAGAGCACUACAUCCUGAAGAUGCUGGGCGUGAAGGUGUUCUCCAUAUCGGAGGUGGAUCGGCUCGGCAUUGCGAGAGUCAUGGAGGAAACAUGUGACUACCUCACUGCCAGAGGGAAGAAGCCCGUUCACCUGAGCUACGACGUAGACGCCAUCGACCCGUCCGUUACCCCGGCGACCGGGACACCUGUAGUGGGAGGACUCACCUACAGAGAGGGCGUCUACAUCACGGAACACCUGUGUGGAACAGGUCUUCUGUCGGCGGUGGACCUGGUGGAGGUGAAUCCUCUGCUGGCUAAAACCGACCAAGACGUUCAGUCUACAGUUAACACGGCCGUCGAUCUGCUGCUCGGCUGCUUCGGACGUCUACGUGAAGGAAACCAUCCGGCGGAUUACAGCCUCCCGGAGCCUUAACCGGAACCGACGCUGGGAUCUCCGACUGCACCGACGGACACCUGAACAUCAAACAACCGCCUGAAGGAAGGCGGCUGUGGUGUCGCCGUUCACUUCACACUUAAAAGCACAAUUUAUAUGAUUUAUGUGGAAGAAUCUGCUGCACCGAUUAUUAUUUAAUGUGAAGAAUUAUUUAACCUAUAAAAUGAAAAAAA